UGCCCGCUCGAGGUGAUAAACAAAAGACAUUUACAGGUGAAAACCAAAACAGCCGGGUCAGUUGCUGCAUGCGAGUCCUUUACAGGAGAAACCCAAACUUGACAGCGGAGGGUAAUACUCUGGGAAGCGAAUGAAGAAACACCUUUUGCUUCAAUUCACAUAUAGAGGACUAGUGAGAAAAGGAAAAAAGAGCAAAAGAAGAAAAUGGCCAAUUUUAUUUUGCGUAAAGCGGAGCCCAAAGACGUGCCUGACAUAUUGCGACUGAUAAAGGAACUCGCCAAGUAUGAAGAAAUGGAAGAUCAAGUAAUAUUAACUGAGAAAGAUCUGCUCGAGGAUGGAUUCGGAGCUCACCCGUUUUACCACUGCGUGGUCGCAGACGUGGCAGCCGAGCAUCAGAAAGUCGAGGGUUAUUCUGUGAUUGGAUUUGCCAUGUACUACUUCACCUAUGAUCCUUGGAUUGGCAAACUGCUGUACCUUGAAGAUUUUUAUGUAAUGAGAGAGUACAGAGGUUUUGGAAUUGGGUCUGAAAUCCUGAAAACCCUCAGUGAAACAGCGGUGAAGAAUCGUUGCAGCUGCAUGCAUUUUAUCGUGGCCGAGUCCAACAAGGCAUCCAUCGACUUCUACAAGCGACGUGGGGCUUCUGACCUCUCAUUGCAGGAGGGAUGGCGACUUUUCAGGAUUGAUAAGGAGAAUCUCCUGAAAAUGUCUGCUGAAGAGUGAGCUGGCCCAAGGUUCCAGUGUUCAAUGAGGGAGUAGGGAUAUCUCACAGCCAUUUAAAGUUUAAAAAAAAAACUUUAAUGGCUUUAAAUAUUUUAUACACUGUGGGUAUUAAUCAUGUUAACAUAACAAUUUAGUCUUGAGAUGGAGUUAUAGCAGUACUUAUAGUCAUAUUCUAUAGUGUGCAUGUCAGAUUAACUUAUCAAUAGUCAUUUAUUCGUUGAAUGCAUUGAAAAUAAAAGAAAAAAUCUAAA